UAUCCCUCAGCAUCAAAAAAAUUUUAAAACAUACUGGUAGUGAACUUGCCUUUAAUCGAAGCUGUAACAAACUUGAUAUGUUGGCCAACCAUCACUGAUCGGGUAGGUGAGACGAAGAGGACACCCAAAAAGCUCCCCAUAAACCGGCACCUGGAGAUGACCACUGAAGGUUACCAACACGAGGACCGAGGGCGGGACCGCGACUGGUCUGCUGAGGGAUCCUUCGAGGACCAGUUGUGGCUGAGGGCCGUGUACGGUGUCAUAGCAGUGCUGGGCAUCACUGGUAAUGUCCUGGUGGUAUUCACAGUGGCCCGGGUGCCCUCGCUGCGCUCUUUGACCAACAUGUUCAUUGUGAGCUUGGCCGUGUGCGAUUUCCUCACCUCAGUAUUUCUCAUUCCACUUCAUCUCGGGAUUGUGAUUCCCGUGCCACCAGGCCUUACGGGCGACUUGCUUUGCCGCCUGCUUCUCUCGAAGUUCCCCCUCUGGACUAGCUUCAUUGCUUCGGUACUCACUCUGACGUGUGUUACCUUGGAGAGGUAUUUUAGUAUCGUGCAUCCUUUUCGAUACAAGAUCAUGCGUAAUUUGCAAAAGAAUGCAUUGGCUAUGCGCCAAUCAGCGUCGACAGUUGGAAGAGAGAAUCAGCUAUCCAGGGAUCUCCUCAACGCACGCAAGAAAGUCAUCAAGAUGCUGCUGACGGUGGUAGUUACCUUUGCCAUUUGCUGGGCGCCAAACCAGCUCAUGUUCUUUGCCUAUAUGUGCGGCUGGAACCUUGACUUCUCUUCAUGGUAUUACCAUGCCAGUGUACUGAUUGCGUUCUGUAACUCGUGCAUGAACCCGUUUAUUUAUGGAUUUCAAAGCAAGCAGUACCGCAAAGCGCUCAAGAAGGCUCUCGGCCGCAAGAACGCCGUUGGUGUCAAUGCAGAAAGCAGUAUUGCGUUUGGUGGUACCACCGGAAUAAGAGACCAUCACGCAAACAGGCAGAAUUCUGUUUGCCCAAGGGGCACAAUCAAUAAGAUUCCAUCUGUGGCAAACAAAAUUGAGCUUGGUUCACCGGUAUAA